AUGGAGGGCCUCGUCGAUCCGGAGACGCUUUACAUGAAGCAAAAUUGCAUCGGUGGUGGAAGCUUUGGCCGUGUUUACAAAGGCGUCGAUAAGCGCACUGGUGCCUCCGUCGCCAUCAAGAUCAUCGAUGUGGAAAACGCUGAAGAUGAGGUCGAUGACAUUAUCCAGGAAAUCGCCAUCUUAUCGGAACUCAAUUCCCCGUACGUCACAAGAUACCAUGGCUCAUUCCUGAAAGGCUCAAGUCUAUGGAUCAUCAUGGAAUUCUGCUCCGGGGGUAGUUGCUCCGAUUUGAUGCGUCCAGGCCUCAUCCCAGAAGAAUAUAUCAUGAUCAUUCUGCGGGAGUUGCUCAAAGGCUUAGACUACUUGCACAGCGACAAGAAACUGCACCGUGAUGUCAAAGCUGCGAACAUCCUCCUGACCUCAAAUGGUCAGGUCAAGCUGGCGGAUUUUGGAGUCUCGAGCCAAUUAUCCGCGACAAUGACCAAGAAGAACACAUUUGUUGGAACGCCGUUUUGGAUGGCUCCAGAAGUGAUCAAACAAUCGGGCUAUGACUACAAGGCGGACAUUUGGUCUCUUGGUAUUACUGCCAUCGAGCUGGCCAACGGGGAGCCACCCUACUCCGAUAUUCACCCGAUGAAAGUGCUGUUUUUGAUUCCGAAGAACGCCCCACCCACCUUGCAAGGCGACUAUAGCAAGGCAUUCAAGAACUUCGUGGAGCUUUGUUUACGCCGCGACCCUCGAGAGCGACCGUCAGCGAAAGAGUUGCUCGAGCAUCCGUUCAUCAAGCGGGCCAAGAAAACGACCUAUCUGACCGAACUGAUCGAGCGCUACGAACGCUGGAGUCUUUCGCAUGGUAACAGAAAUGCCGACGAGGAAGAAAUGACUCCAGAACCACCUCAGCCUCCCUCUAGAACUGAGGAAGAUGAGGACGAUCUCUGGGAUUUCGGCACCGUCCGUCCUGCACGCCGUCCACCCGGUCUGAAGCCUAUGAAGGAGGCAGAGGUGAAUACUCGUGGUAUGGACGGAGCUGACUGGGAUCUCGGCGACGAUUCGCAUAAGGCCUCGGAGCCAAACAACAGCAGCUAUCCUGCUCCACUGAGCCCUUCAAAACCAACGCAGAUCAAAAACGUCCCUCCGGCCGAAUCGAAACAGCCACCCUCCCCUUCCAAGGUCCCAUUGCCACCAUCCCCAGUCAAACAACCUUCUCGAGAACACAGACCCCAGACACCCUCUCGCCUUCAGAAACCGGCACCUCCACAAUUGAAAGAGAGUCCCGGUAGCCAGUACGACAAAGCUCUGCAACAGGCCUUGGCUCAGGACUUAUCCUUUCUCCAACUCGACCACUCCCCAGACUCCACUCCAUCCAAACCAUCGCACCCGGGGCCGGAGCGCAGGAAGGCAGUAGAGGCAUCCCACAACCAGGAAUCGGCCUCAGCACAGCAGUCCAAGACUCUCGCAACCCAACCCCCCAGACCUACCACAGACUCACGGCCCCCAUACCAGCCACACGUCCGCGCUCCGCCUCCGAAACCCACUUACACAUCAUCUCAGCCACAGCCCCAGGCUCAACGCAGUGCACAGUCACCCGGCAACAGAACCAGCUUCGGCGACCUCCACAGAAGGAUUGACGCCAGCCUACAGACCCCAAGCGCGGUUCCCCAAACCAACGAGGUCACCGCCCUAAACAGCGUCAUCCUGCCCGCGCUCAAGGCCGCGAUCCGCCGUCGUGCGCGUCGUCUAGAGCUCCUUUCGCGCAAUGCCGCUGCAGAAUCCACUGCGGGCCGGACGGACGCCAUGGAGCUGCAGUCUCGGCGCGACUACGUUCAGCAGAUGAUGGAGUCGCUCGUCAGUGACGUGAGCGGAAUGUUUUCUCGGAUUGAGCGCUGGGACAACGAAGCACCCGUCGGAAUGGGCGCGGAAGUCACCUCGUUCUUAGAGGGCUUCUUGGAAGAGGUACUUGUUCGAAUUGAGCCCGCUGAUGAAGAGCUUCCUUCUGUCAAGACAUAG